GUGACGUUCUUUUAUUGAUUGCAAUUUCUGUAGUCGGCGAACGCCAUUUUGACUUAAGUGUAAAAAGAUUGUAUAGUGAGAAGAGUAUUGAAAAUCUGUGUGCAUCCGUCCUAGUUGGAAUUCGAACGAGUUAAUUUCUUGUUAUUUAUUGUUAACCCAUCUGGACGGACCAAGGAAAAGGGUUCGUUCAUUGGGUCCUGUGGAUCUAAAUGGUUGCAUGCAGACAGCAUGUCUACUUUGUCAGGGCAAGCCUCCAAGGGGGAGAAGACGAAACCGAAAUUUCAGUCAUUGGAUAUAAAUAGUUUGUACAGAGUCAGCAGGGGUGAAAAUCUAGAGAAGCAGCAGCAGAAGAGUUCGUCGAUCUACAUUAAACAUGGUAUGCAAUCACUGGGAAAGGUACCGAACGCACGCCGGGCACCAGCCAACCUACCGUCUCUGAAGGCAGAACACAGCGGAACAGACGCAGCCGUACCCCUAGUACCCCCGGGCGCGCCAGGAUGGGGCAAGCAAGACCCCUCGACGACCGCCGUCCCGCAACAGCAACAGCCCGUCGCGCCGACCUCCCAGAUGCCAAACGCCCCCAACCCCUCGGCCAUCCCCCAGAACGCCACCCAGCAGCCCGCGCCGCAGAUCAGCCCGCACCAGGCCGCGAUCGCCCUGCCAGUUACGACCACCAUUCCGCCACACGGCAAACAGUUGACGCCUUCUGUUCAGCCUGCGCCCACAGACAAGCUGUGGAGUUCGGUAAUGAGCUGCCAAGACGCCCCCCACCCGCCCCUCUAUCAGAGUCCCCAAUUCCAGCACGAGUUCCCCAGCCUGUCAUCUGGCGAUGGCGGCCCCACACGCACUGGUUCCGAUGCUCCGUACCCUUCCGGGCUAAGCCUCAGGCCGCAGACGGAGGGCUCCUGGACGCAGGGCGGGCAGAGGCCCGGAACGGAAGCCGCCGGCCCCCCGAGAUCGAGCUCGGUCCCCCCGGGUGCCCCUCCGCAGCUCUCGGCCCAGGCCGGCCUGCCGCCGCCGCAACAGCAGCAGCAGUUCCCGCCCCAGAUCCGCGGGGUCAUGCCUUCGUUUAUGUACAAAGGUAGCAACUUCCAGCAGGGAAGCGGAAUCGGUAUUCAGAAUCAGAACACACCGUCUCCGGUCAACGGACGAGGCGGGGCGGCACGCCCCGCGGAUAACCGUCCGCCGAGACUGGCAGACAGAGACAGGGAAGUCGAGGAUAUCGUCCCCAGGCCCAUUAUAAAAGACGAGGAGCUGACCCGCAUGGCGGAGAUCGGCAAGGACAUGGGAUGGGCGGAUUCGGACGAAAUCGACUACAACCAGAAACUAGCGUUCAGCGACGACGAGUCAGACAGACCGUUAGCGAGGAGGGACGCGAAGAAAAACCAGCAGCAAAUGAGGGAGAACCGAGAAUCGGACAAGAGCGACGGCCACCCGAACGACAUCCAACGCCAGUGGAGCGGCUCCCGCUCCAGCAGGGGCAGGUCCUCCGAGGAGGAGGACAUCUGGUCGCAGAGACGCAGCCAGGCGACGAAAGAGAUGGAAAUCGUCGUGCAACGCGCCAAGCAACGGAAGGAAGAGGAGGAGAAACGUUUCAAUCAGGAACGCAGGCAGGGCGCCGCCAAGAAACUGAUGGAGCUCGAGGAGAAGAUCCAGAAGCGCGAUAGGGACAACCAGGAGGGCGUCGGCACCAUCAACCCCUCCACCGUGCCGCCCAAACCGAUAAAUCACGUCGACAUACCCCUGCCGGAGUUCCAGAAGGAGAAGGAACGCGACCGAGACAACAGAUCGCGCACCCCCAACGAGCUGAGCGACGGGAAGAACCAGCCGGGCGGCAGCUCGUUCAAACACCUGACGCAGAUCGAGGGCAAGAACUUCCCGCGGAAGCACCAGAAGCAGUCGGAGCAGCGGGACAGGGAGAGGAACGUGAGGGAGAACGGCGCGAGCUUCUCGAAACAGUUCCAGAACGACCUGCCGCCGCGGUUCCUCAAACACCAGCGCAACAACAGCAACUCGGGCCCGCAGGGCCAGGGGCAGUUCCACCAGUUCGACGGGCGUUGGGCGCCGGGGCAGGUCCCCCCGAAACCGCAGCAGCCCGGCAGGAACGCGAGACAGGACAGUCCCGACACCGAACGGAACGUCGACGACUACCCGAGGCAAAAUCCCGAGGACGGUUAUCGCGGUCAGCACCACGCGCCGCCAGAAACGGCGCAGAAACCGCAGGACGGGCGGUACGACGACUUACAAGACGUCCGUCACCAGCCGUACGACCAGCAGUACAGCCUCAGAGAACGGGAGGAGGACAAGCGGCAGAAGGACAAAGAGGACGCCCAGCGUCACCCGAACUACGACCAGCAGUACAACCGCAGGGAACGCGACGACGAGAAAUGGCACAAGGAGAAGAAACAGGAGAGCGACGACUGGGGAGAGAAACGGGACAAGCCCCGAGACGAGAAACCGCUGGACCGCUACGACCGGCUGGAGCGGGAGCGUCCUCAGAGACCAGACAGCCGGGACUCGCGUUCCACGCGGCAUUCACGCGACUCGGAACCCAGGGACUACAUGAGUUCCUGGUCCGAGUCGGUCUACGAACCGCCGUACGAGGAGAAGUCGCGGGACCACCCGAGAGACGACAGACGAGCGGUGCCGGGACCCAUAACUAAAGAUCGCAUCGAAGCGGACGACAUGAGGAACGAAAAGAGGAACCUCACCCAGUUGAAACGCGGCCAGCCCGUCGUCGUCAAAUCGGAGAUGAAAAAAGACGAGAAAGAGGAGUCCGACGGAAAGAAAGAUUCGCAAGCGUUCGGGACUUGGGCCGACUCGAUCCCGCCCGCUUUGGAGGAGUCCGAGCACAAAUUCGAGGAAGAAAAAAAACUCGACCCGAAACAGUUCGGGGAACAGACCAAGAAACCCGACAAGCUCGACGAUUACAAAGAGAGGAACCGCGGCAGGCAGCACUCGGGCAACAAAGGCUGGGGCCCCAGCUGGCAGAAGCGGCCCCCGAGCCGCGGGCACAAGUCCGGAAGACAGGCGCACGACUACCACGGGACGGACUCUGACGCGUCGAUGGACGAGCACCCCGCCGACAAGAACGAUCAGAAGGGGGAUAUGAGGUCGGAGCCGCGCGACCGUAGGAGUCCCAAGCUGUCGAAGGACGAGAAGAACCGCGACAAGCAGGAGAAAGGCUUGGGCGAUCAGAGGAAGCAGGACAAGCCGGAGAAAAAGGAGAAUUACGUGCCCCGCGGCGAGCCCUCGAGACACGGGCGGGGCGGCGGGAAUUUCCGCAGCGGUCGUAUGGGCGGAUUGGGGAAGAGGAUCGACGGGUACGGUCCGCCGCCUUCCAAGAGUCCCUUCGGCCAUCACGACGACAAGGAGAAGAAGGUCGCGGAAGAGAGCGCCGUGGAGAGUCCUCUGCCGGUGGAGGAUAAGACCAAGCUGAAUCAGCAGGCUUUGACGGCAGGUAUCAUGGGAAAGUCUCGGGUGGACCCCGCGCAAAGUUCCGACGAAAAGAACAAAGCGAGGGGCAAACCCGACCCACGGAAGAACAAACCCAGAGGAAAAGACGAACUCUGCGACACGAACUCGGAGAACUCCGACGAGAAAGACAAGAAGGACGGUCGCAAACUCCAGGAUAGGAAAACGCAGGCCCCCCGUCCCCAGAACCCCCCGAGCCGGGGCCGCAACAACCCGCCCCGCCUGGGCGGCGAGAAGAGAAGCUACGACGUCCCGAGGGGGGAGACCGCCUCCCGUCAGAACUCCAACAACUCCCUGAAGAAAGACGACAAGCCCAGCAACGACCACAACGUCCUGGCGAACGCCAUCGCCGACAUACCGCUGAAGAACCACGACGACGCCGAUCCCGUUGACGAGAAAGAGGACAAGGUGUCCCUGAACGGCGACUCGGAGGGCUUCCAGGAGGUGAAGAGCAAGAAGACGGGGAAGGAACGUCAGAAAUCCGUCGACGACAAGCAACAGUGCAAGAACCCGUCGAAGAACGAGCCGGGCAAAGACCUCCCGAAGACGGAGAGGGACAGAGACCGCAAACCGAAGACCUCGGCCGUCCAGCUCACCCAGCAGCAGAUCCAGAACAUCCCGUCGUUGAUGGCGACGCCCGUCAACCCGCCCCCGGUCCUGCCGCAGCCCAAGGGCCAGUUCGACAGGCCGAGGCAGUCGAAGCUGGCGCCUCGUUUCGCCAAGCAGAAGCUGCAGAAGGCGCAGAUGCAGCAGCAGGUGCACGGACUGUGCGACGUCAACGAUUUGAACAAGGUGAACCAGAGCCUGAACGUGUACGGGAUGAAGGAAGUGGUGAGCGUGUCGGCUCCGGUGUCCUCGUGCGCUUGGGAUAAGCCGUUGGGGUCCCAGCUGAGGGGUAUGGAGCACGACGGGAUGCUGGGGGUGGCGAUCGACAGCGUAAAGGGUCUGGAUCAGACGCAGCAGGCGUCGCAGGGGGCGAGUCCGAAUACUGAGAAGAUGAUGGGAAAGCCCGGCCAGCUCCAGGACAAGACCCUCCUGGACGGCAGCACGCCCCCCGUCAACACCAUAAUCUUCGAGAACACCAACUUCAAGUCGGCGCCGGGCGCCCGCAACGCCCGCACCGACAAGCCCCGCCCCAAACUGGAGGACGGCGCCAUCGACCCCUCCGUCAUGGCGGGCUUCAAACCCACCAUGAACGAACUGCUACAGAGCAAGAACGACAGCAAAUCGGAACCGAUACAACUGCCCCUGUUCAAGGAGGACUCGGCGGACAUGAAGCUGGACUUCUUCGGUUCCGACCUCCAGUUCACCGACGACAAGGGGGCCAAGACCCUCAUGUCCAAGUCCAUCCACGCCAUAACCAGCGGCAACAACACGGUUGACAGCCUCGACAUCAAGAUAGCGUCGGUGAAGAAAGUAUGGGAGACGUCGGAGCAGGAGGGCGAGGAGACCCAGAUCAGCUUCGGGGGGCCGCCGUUGGACCCCAACGUCUUCAGUCAGGGGAAGGACACUCCCGACGACAACCACGAAGGUUACAGUCCCUCCCCGAACCAGACGGCCUCCACCACGACAAAUGUAUGUAAGGUUAAACCCACCCAGCAGGUGUCCGGAAGCGGGCAGACCGCGCUCAGCGGCGCGGGUCACCAGCAGCAUUCCGGGAUUGUCGCGCCUGGUCUGAUGGGCAAUCCGCUGUCGCCACCGCCGCCCAUACCGCAAGUUUUGGGGGCGAGCGUCGGCAUCGGGCCGCAGCAGUACACCGCGAACCAGCACAUUGGCUAUCAGGCCGGGCUCUCGGGCAGCACCCAGUACGGCAUGUCGGCCAUCCCGUCGCCCCCGACCGUGCCCCUCGUCUACAACUCCACCCAGCAGCUCCAGGCCGCCGCCGCCCAAUCGGCGGGUCUGUACGGCGCCUUCCAGAUCGACCAGACGGGCGUGCUGGGCGGCCAGGGUCGUUCGCAGUACUCCCAGUACCCCAACUACCACGGCCUCGGACAGACGGCCAGCAGCCCCUACUCGACGCAGUCCGUCUACCUGCAGACGGCGCCGCCCCACCCGCCGCCGACGGCGCAAGCGCCGCCGGAGCUCUAUCCCAAUCUGAACAACUACAGGCUGUCGGCGACGGCGCCGUUCGGCCAGAGCCAGCAGCUCAACAACCCCACGACGGUGCUGAUCAGCUCGACGAGCAACAGUUUGAUGUCGGCCUCCGUCAAGCCCAGCAGCCAGCCCAUCAGCGCCAUCGGCACGAAGGCGGGCGGCGUCGGCCAGGCCUACCAGCAGCAGUCCCAGCAGGGCCAGCAGGUGUACAUGGCGUACGACCCCUCCAUCCAGGCCGCCAACUACCUGCCGCCCAGCGCCGGCGUGAUGCAGCGAGGUCCCGCCGGCCCAGUCCAGAACAACGUCGUGCCCGGCCUCCAGCCCUCCUCCUCCUACUAUUCCGGAUCGACAGGGGGCCAGACGGGGUACUACCAACAGCCGGGCAGCUCGACGCUGUCCUCGGCCCAGCUGCAGCAGCACCAGGCCGGCUACGGCCUCCAGGGCAACGUCUUCGGGACGCACAGCCAGUCGCAUACCAACACGGGCCUCCAGAACUACUCGCCGUUCCUGCCGACCUCGCUGCAGAUGGCGGCGGCCAUAAACGCGCAGCAGUUCAGGUCCGGCAUGCCCGCGCCCUACAUGAAGGGCGUCGGCGACCAGUCCGGGAGGCCGCAGCAGCUGAAGAGCCCCAGCAGCCAGGAGGUGCUCUCCUCGGUUUUUAAUUCGGGUUCGCAGAUCCCCUCCCCCAAGUCUAGACAGAACUGCAAGCACCCGCCGCCGCAGUCGAGCCCCACGGCCCAGCACAAGUACAAUUUGUACCAGGGGGUGGGCGGACAGCAGAAUCCCAACAUGCAGAGGUACCCGGCGCCCAUCCAGCGCCCCAUGAAUUUCCAACAGAUGCAACAGAGCAACACGGUGAACCAGAAGCACAGGAACAACCCGAACAACAAGGCCCCCAACAGGCAGUACUACGGCGGGCAAAAUAACUCGCUGGGCUCCCAGGGCGAGAAGCCGGACGACCCGAAGAUGGGCGACGGCGUGUCGCUGGGCGGCGCCAACCCCCCGACGAACCCGGCCAAGGCAGCGAUCGGCACCGGCGCCUCGGUGACUGUCAACGCCGCCUCGGAAAAGGUCAAGGACAACAUGAAGGAGGAGACGGCCGUGUUGAAGGACUAGGGGAGGUUUUAACUAAGCUUUACUUUAAGUACUAAAAAAGUUUCAUUCUACUUUCAAAAAAAAAAAAGCUAAAAAAAAACAAAACUGUACAUUUAGCUAGGAGCACACCCAGGAGGAGGACGUUUUGUUGAGGAUAUUUAUUACUUUUUUUUUUAACCAUUGAUCUGUAUUAUUAGAGACCCGUUCGAUUCGGUGUAUUUAUCGUUUUACUUCCGUCGAUCGCGGCGGCCGUUUGAAUUUAGGGAGAGACGGGGAGGUCCGCCGAUUGGAAAAAACCUGUGUUUCAGAGAAGAAAGUAACUUACAAAUUAGCGUAGCAGCAUUAUAUCUGUGUCGUGACAAGUGUUUUUUUUUUUUUUUGUUGACGCCCGACGAACCCCCGAACGUACGUAAGCUCUCUGCGAAACGUGGCGGUUCGUCCGUUUCCUAGCCGGGAUUGUGCAGCAGCUUGAGCGUACGGAACAGCCGCUUUCGCCUUCCUUCUCGUUUACGACGCGCUAAACCGCGCGGUCUCGCCGUGGCUCCUCCGGAGUGUGUUGGGUUCCGGGGAAGAGACGUAGCGUUUGGACUCUCCGGGUAGUGGUUUCGCUCGUUCGACCGAGGGACUCACGCGUUUGGAUAGUGUCGGGUGGAAGUGCCGGCGACGUCUGUUUUUGGAGACUGGAAAGCUGUUUUUUUUUUUUCGUUACACAACUCCAAUUUUACUCGGAACUAAAUUAUGUCCUACUCGAGAUAUUAUUUAAAACAUUCAAUAGUAAAUGGUUUAAAUAUA